GUGUUGAGCGUAUCCAACAAAACCGGUUUAAUUGAUUUCGCAAAGAAGCUCAAUGGAGUUGGUCUUAAUCUGGUGGCCAGCGGGGGUACCGCCAAAUUGGUCAGAGAUGCCGGAGUGCCCGUCACUGACGUGUCCGACAUUACCGGAGCUCCGGAAAUGCUGGGCGGAAGGGUAAAGACACUGCACCCGGCCAUUCACGCGGGUAUUUUGGCGCGAAAGACGGACUCCGAUCUCCAGGACAUGAAGAAACAGAACUUCCGUCUCGUGAAUAUCGUUGUCUGCAAUUUGUAUCCAUUCGUUGAGACCAUAAGCGCGGCGAACGUGAAUAUCGCGGACGCCGUGGAACAGGUGGACAUCGGAGGCGUCACUCUGUUGAGGGCUGCGGCCAAGAAUCACAACAGGGUUACCGUGAUCUGCGACCCUAAAGAUUACGAUAUUGUGGCCAAAGAGUUGGUUGCAAACAAAGAAGUGUCGGAAGCGACCAGAAAACGCUUGGCAGUCAAGGCCUUCAACCAUACGGCGCUCUACGACUCCGCCAUUUCUAACUAUUUCAGAGCUCAAUAUAACUCCGGUUUAUCCCAAUUAACGCUCAGGUAUGGCAUGAAUCCGCACCAAAAACCGGCACAAUUGUACACAUUUGAGGACCGGCUGCCACUGACUGUAGUGAACGGUUCGCCCGGUUUUAUCAAUCUAUGCGAUGCUCUCAAUGCUUACCAACUCGUGAGAGAUCUGAAGAGAGCGUUGGGUCUUCCGGCGGCCACUUCUUUCAAACACGUGAGUCCUGCGGGCGCUGCCAUUGCUGUGCCCUUAAAUAGGGAACAAUUGAAGUUAUGUAUGGUUGAGGACCUGGAAAAGGAGUUAACCCCCAUUUCGACGGCUUAUGCACGCGCUCGAGGGGCUGACCGCAUGUCCUCUUUCGGCGAUUUUAUAGCCCUUUCGGAUACUUGUGAUGUGACGACCGCUAAAAUAAUAUCCCGGGAGGUGUCCGAUGGUAUCAUUGCUCCGGCAUAUGAACCGUCAGCUCUCGAGAUCCUCAAGAAGAAGAAGAACGGCGGGUAUUGUGUUCUUCAGAUUGACCCCAACUAUGAGUCACAGAAUAUCGAAACCCGAACUCUGUUUGGACUGACGUUAGAGCAGAAGAAAAACGAUGCGCUGAUCGACAGGAAGUUGUUUUCGGGCCCUAAUGUGGUCGCGUCGCCUAAACCGGUA